AAAAACUCCAGUUUUAAAGAAUAUGAGUCUUCCUACAGAGCAUGAACAAAACAAAAUUGUUCAUUCCACAACACUUAAGGAGAUUGAUCUAGUGCUUCCUGAUUUUGAUUCCAAAGAGAUUUACCAAGCUGAGAUUUCUCCAUCUGACUCUGAGUUUAAAGACAAGCACCUUAAGGCAACAUCACAAAGUAAUUAUAGAUCUCAAAGUGAAGCCCUGAGUGUUCUUGAGAGUAGUGUAGCAGAGGACUUACUUCAUGGCUAUGACAGUAAAGUCACAGGGUCAGUGACAUAUGAAGAGAACAAAAUUUCUUUUGGUCCUUAUGAACCUAGAGACAUUGAUGGCACGAAAAUAAUUUCUGAUAAAUCUGGAAUAGGGCUCAGCUCCUCUGAUGCAUUACCUAAAUCCCAAGAAGAUGAUGACACCUUAAAGUUUCUCGGUUCUGAUAUCAGUGUGGCAAAAAUCACUUCUGAAUUAAAAGCCAAAAGUUCUCUUGAAGUUUCCUCUACACUGAGAGCAGAGGAAACAGCUUCAUUUCAGAGACAUUACAAAAAAAAUAAUUUAUUAGGUGACAAUUCCACCAGUAAGCCUGAAGAAGCUAACAUGUUAAUUAAUUCAUCUAAACCCAAAGAUGAUUUUGAAAUUUUGAAAGUUACUACGGAACUUUCACAUGAAGAUACCUCCUUAGUUAUGAUGAUGUCCACUAAUAGCAGCCAUUGGGAAUUUGAAAAAGCUAACCAGACAGGAGCAGGAAUGACCUUGUGUCAUAGACAUGACAAAGAUGUACCUAAGAUUCAUAUGGGAAAGGGAGGUCCCAAUUAUGUAACUGCUGCUGUGCUGAAAAAUGCUGUGGAAGCUGAUGCUGAAACAGUUGCUAGUGUUACAGUGUCAGUUAACAGCUCAAGCCAACAGUGUUCUGAAGCAUCAGCUGAGGACACAGGAACAAGGAAAAGAGCACAUGACAGACCUCUGAACUCCAACACUGAUUUGGCUAAAACGGCUGAGAAGUUGGUUGGUAUAAUUUUGGACUCUGUCAGGCAAAAAAUAAAGUCCACACAUAUAGGAGUUAACUACCAGGAUUGUCAUGGAGUUGCCCUGAAAGAAGAGGCCACUGGGAAAAAAACAUCAGAAGAAAAAGAAAAGACAUUGAUUCAGCUACCAGACCAUGAGCACAGUGUUAAAGAUGUGUCAGAAGACAAAAGAGAAGAAAAGGCCUGUGUUUUAACUACUGUUGGUGAGAGGAAUCUCCCUGUUGAUAUUGGUAAAAUGGAUAUGUCUAAUUUAUUAAUAAUCAAAGCAAGGGAAUUGGUCAAUGAGGUUAUUCAUGGUGCCCAACAAAAACUGAUAGAUGGUCAUUACAGAAAAACUAAGCCCAGGAACCAUACCAGAAGUACUGAAAAGGCCCAUGCCACAAAGAUUCUGAGCAAUGAUAUCAUUAAGCCACAUUAUAUAGCUAAAGGAUUCUUGGCUUCAGAGCAGUCAGAAUCCCAAAGUAUAACUAAACUUAGUGAAAAUAAAGAAUCAAAAAGUCUUUUGGCUAAAAGUAAUUUAAAUAAUGACACUGAUUCAACUAAAGGAAGAAAAAUAGUGCCUUACCAAAAAACCUUUUAUGCUGGAAAUGGAUUUGAUGAACAAUCUGCUAGUGUAGAGUUGCCAAAAUUAGAUGUUUCACUAUCAGAGAACAUAUCCCAUGAAGAUUUAGAUUAUAAAGGUAUGCCAUUAACCUGUAACAAGGAAGAAAGUGAAGCAAAGGCACCGUCCCAUAUAGAGAGUGUGAUUAACCACAAAACUCAGACAGAAGAUACUGGAGCAGUUGUCUUAAAUUUCAAGUGGCCCCCUUUCAUUAAUGAUGAAGUAUAUGCUCAUUUACCUAGCACAUCCAAAAACAGCUUUUCUGAUAGUCUUGUAUGUAUUAAUGAAAAAUGCCUACCAGGACACAGUAAUAAAUCACUGCCUAUUGCUGGGUUAGAGAUGGGAAAAGUAUACAGAAAAGAUGCUGAAUUUAAUAUAGGCAAAAUUGAGAUGGCACCACCCAUGUUAGAAACGGGAAAGGUAUAUGAGAAAAGUACUGAAUUAAAUGUAGGAAAAAAUGAGCUGAUGCCCUCAAUGUUAGAAAUGGGGAAAACAUACAAAAUGGAUGCUAAAUUAAAUGCUGGAGAAAAUGAGUUGAUGCCCUCGGUUUUAGAAAUGGGGAAAUCAUGUGGAAGAAGUGAAUUAAAUAUUACAAAACUAGAAAGUACACCUGACAGUUUCAAAAUGGGAAAACCAUUUCAAAGGAACACUGGUGAAAUGACACCUGUCAUUAUAGAAAUGGAAAAGGCAUUUGAAAAGGAUAUUGAAGGGAAUGUUGGAAAACCUACAAUGAUAUCUGCCGAGUUAAAAAUGGAAAAAACACACAGAGAUGAUAUUGAGUUGAAUAUUACACAAGCUGAUUCAGCAAAACCCACUAUCUUAGAAAUAGCAAACAUGAAUCAAAAGACAGCUGAAGGGAAUAUUGGGGAAAGUAAAGAGAUACCUGCCGUGUUUGAAGUGGAAAAAGUGUACCAAAUGGAUACUGAAGAGAAUUUUGGAAAAACUGAAACGAGACCUAUAGAAACAAAGAAAAGUGUGGUGCUAUAUGACAACAAAGCUAAGUCACAGUUUGAGGGAUAUGAAUUACCUAUAUUGAGUAAAGGUUGUGAAGGAAACAUUGGCUUUAUGACACCAGAUUUUUUACCUGAACAUUCCAAACUAAGGACAGAAAAGAAUAUGUGUAUGACUGCAGUGUGUGGGAAAGAAAGAGGUCUAGAUUAUGACUUUGCAAAUGAACAGUCAUGUCUAGCUUUUAUGCCACAAGAUGAGCAAGGUAACUCUUCCUUCACCAUUUUGUAUGAAGAACCCCUUCAAGAUGAGGGUCAGUAUUUAUCUGCCAAAGAAGGAGCACAUUCCUUGGUGUUUCCUGACGAGUCUACCAGUGGGCUUCCACAUGUUCUGGUAUGUGAAAGGUCUGAAAGUAGAACUGACCUUGUUCAUCACUUUGAAAAGGAGAGUAAAUCCAGUGAGAUGUUUGAUAGUGACAGUUCUGAAACGUUCUUAUCAGUAGAGGCAAAAAGAUACAAAGUCUAUCCCUUAGCCUUAUCUCCUAUUUAUGAAGAUGACAGCUCUCAGGAAGAUAUCCUAUCCAAUGAAGUCUCACCAGGUCACCGUGGAUCUAGUGCAAAAUCAAGAGAUGGUGCUAGUCAACCCUCCUCUGUGUUGUCCCUUCUUCAAUCAGUGUCAGAGCGUUUAAGGAUGAAUUUUGAUGAUGGAGAAAAGCUUGAGACAGAGGAAGAAGUAGUGGAUGAGGAUGAGGAGGGACCACGACAUAAAGAGAUUAUUCUAAAAACUGGAAAGAGAGAACAUGUUACUUUUCAACUUACAGAUUGUUCAACUAUAGUUUAUCAAGGAGAGGACCAAGAAGGAACUAGAUCUUCCAAAAUGCCACUUUUUCUUUCAAAUGAACCUACUACCUUUAAUCAGCCAGCUGUCCUGUGGCAAGACAGGUCCUUACUUUACCAUGCACCAGGUCCUUUUCUUCAAAAGUCUGACCUCAGUUCUAAAUUACAUUCAUCUUUCAAGAGUGUCUAUAAUCAGUAUUUACAAACUACUAAAACCUUAUUGCCUGAGAAAGGAUCCAAGUUUGGAGGUAAUCUUCAGGAACCAGUCUCCAAAUUAAGUGCUUGUCCAGAGAAUCCCAUUGAUAAGCAAAGCCUGAGAAGUAACCCUAGACCUGGAAAGAUGGUCAUCUAUGACCUUCAUGGAAGCAAAUAUAAACAAGAGAUUUACAAUAGCGUUCUUGAUGCUACAUCAUGGACUUUUCCAAAUGGAGCAUUCAUCAGAGUUGUAAGAGGAUGCUGGAUUUUAUAUGAAAAACCACAUUUCCAAGGUCAUAAAUGUGUUUUAGAAGAAGGAGAAAAAGUGCUCUAUCGAGACUGGAUUUUUCGGAGUAAAAAGCACCAAACAAGAAACUUUGUGAUUGGCUCUAUCAAGAGACUAUUAAAGGACUGCAGUGUUCCAGAAAUAGAACUUUGCCCACAGUCCGAUGCAGCAUGUUGCCCUGUCUAUAUACAAAUAUCAGUUGCCAACUUAGAAGAACUUAAUUUACCAAGAUCAGUGUCACUUGCUGUGAAGGCAGGAGUUUGGCUUGCCUUCCCAGAUGUUAAUUUUAAGGGACAAGAGACAGUUCUGGAAGAAGGCCAUGGACUAUUUGAGAUUUCAUCAUCUGAAAUGAAAUCACUGUAUCCACUUCAAAUGGGUGGAUUGAAGGUAGAAAUGCCUAUGAAUUUAAAGGUGAUUAUAUAUGAUAAAACACAUUUCCUUGGGAAGGCCAAGGAAUUUAAUGAACAUGUAGACUCUGUCCCAGAGCUUUUCAGAAAUGAGGAGAAUUUCUUUGGAAUUGCAUCAAUUCGUGUCAUUGGUGGAGUGUGGGUUGCCUAUGAAAAAGAACAUUUUAAAGGCCAACAAUAUCUGCUUGAAGAGGGAGAAUACGAAGACAUCAGUACCUGGGAGACGUUAAAUAGCACUUUAUUGUCUUUCCGGUACUUACAAGCAAAUUUCAUAGAAUCUUCAAUCACACUAUUUGAGUCUGAUGUAGAAAACUCAAAGUUUGUUAAUAUUAUUAAUCGAGAUGUUCCUGAUUUGGAAGAAGUCGGGUUUGGUAAUGAAACAAGAUCUAUUCAUGUUAAAAGUGGAGUUUGGGUUGGCUACCAACAGCAGUUCUUCUGUGGAGAGCAGUAUAUACUAGAGAAAGGGAAGUACAAGAGUUUUUUUGACUGGGGAGGAUCCAACAACCAAAUCCUGUCAAUAAGGCCUGUUAGACUGGAACCUCUUGGGACAAAUGAGCCUCCAUAUCUGCUGAAAGCAUACGAUCAACCAAAUUUCCAAGGAAAUUGUGUAGAUUUCACACACCAUAUUUCUGAUAUGACAGACUUCAUACCACAUUCAUUUAAGGUUCUUCGAGGAUGCUGGCUCAUGCAUUUCCAAGAGAAUGUCACAAGUAACCAGUGUGUAUUAGAAGAAGGCCUCUAUGCCAACCUUACUUCCUGUGGCUGCUCUCCAGCUAGUGUCAAAUCUCUCAAGCCUAUUGAAUAUGUUUUUGAGGAACCCUUCAUCAGUCUCUUUGCUUUGGAACACUGUGAAGGAAGAGAAUUCCAUUUAGGAGAUGCGAUCAACUCGAUUCUGAAUAAGGAUCUCUACUUCUACACACAGUCAGUGUGGGUAAAAAGUGGAUUGUGGAUUGCUUAUGAAGGAUCUAAUUUCCUGGGAAGACAAAUUUUGCUAGAACCUAGGGAGAUUUCAAACUGGUCAGCAUUCAGUGGCUGGAAAACAAUUGGUUCUCUCCGCCCCAUCAAACAGCCUUCAGUAUACAUCAGAAUAAAGAACCGAGCCCAAGGUGAAUACCUAACAGUCACUGGAAAUCUAGCUGAUUUGAGGACAAUGUCAGUAUGUAUUUCUCCUUAUAAUGGAAAAAAUACCCAAAUGUGGUACUACUGUCGAGGACUCUUUAAAUCUAAGGCAAAUGAUACAUGUCUUGAUGUUAUUGGUGGAAAAGAUGUACCUGGAGCUAAAGUAGCUGUAUGGAAUGAACAUGGGAAGCUUAGGCAAAAGUGGAAGAUGAACAAAGAUGGAACCAUCAGUUCUUACCUUAAUGACCAGCUUGUCCUUGACAUUAAAGGAGGAAGUUAUUGUGAUAAGACCCAUAUAAUAAUAAACCAGCCUCUGGAGGGGAAACCUACACAGCAAUGGGACAUUGAAAUAUUGUGAAUAAAAUCACCGUCAUCACUAAAAGGAGCUGAGGAAGGUGGAACUGUUUCCCUCAUUGUCUUAAGCAUGUGAAAAAGGAAGCUACUGAAGUCACAGGCCACUGAAACAUAAGCAGAUCAUGAACUUGUUUUCACGUUCCUUUAAUCUGUUUAUGGACAUGGAUUCCUAAACCAUUGCGUUUUACCAUAGAGAGGCUGGGCGGAGUUAAAACAUUUUUGCCACUUUCUACAUAAACCUGUAGAAGCUUUCUAUCACUAAGAUGAUAGAUUACUUGGAUUCCUGUGAUAUACCCUCUUCUUUUUAAGCUCAUCUUUCCUUUUUGUGAUGAUGUUUCUUGAUGGGGGAUGCUGUUUGGGGAUACAGUGUAUACUGUGCAUCGCUCUAUACCAUUUUUUCCUAGAAAGCUAUCCAGUGCAAAUAAGCAAAAAUUCCUUCAAGCUUUGGCUAGCCAGGCUCAAAUUUGUGUUGUUUCUAUAAAGGUUAGUGUUGUCAAAGAGUUGUCAUUCCACUUACGCUAUUAAUAACUACAACAGGGUGACUACAUAGACUAAAUAGUAUAUGAUUGUGUGUGUGUGUGUGUGUGUGUGUGUGUGUGUGUGUGUGUGUGUGUGUGUGCGCGCGCGUGCGUAUAUUUCUAUAUCAUGGGGAACUAUACAGGUCAAGUUAUAUUUUUGUCAGAAUCAGAGCCCGUAAGAACUGAGGAGAUUUCAGAGGUUAUCUGAAAAGCAGUUUAAGCCCAUCUUCUAAAGCUUUACCUUUUUUGAUACCUGAAGCACUAUACUAAAAGAAGAACCCUAAACUCUUCCAGGAUUGAAAGCACAACUCUGUAUGUGAUAGUUUCUGUUGUUGAACAGCAUGAUGCUAUUCCUUUUAAAGAAUGGAUUCCUUCUAUUUUUGAAAAAGCACAGAUGACAAGAAUGAAGCCCUUUGUAUAGAAAAGACAAUGCAAUUUAAGUACUAUGGAAAAAAGGCAGUAUGGAUUUAACUAGUAUUUACUGAUCCCAGAUGUAUUAAAUUCAGGCUCAAUUUUGUUUUGAAUUUAGUGUUCUCUAUUUUUACUUUGCAUAGUAUUUAAGUAACUCCCUUCUGAAUAAGAUAAGCCAAAUUAUCAUUCUUUCUACUUGAAAUGCUACAAAGCUUCAAUGCUAGUUUGAAAUGAAAGCACAAAGUUGUGUUUUAGGCCUGGACCAUAACAGUUUUUUUCCCCUAAAAUAUAGGUUGAGCAGAUUUCUUUAAAUGACAGCCUCCUUAGGUUCCCUCUACCCCCUCAUUCUUCUAUAAAACAUUAAGUAACCAAACAGGCAGUCAGCAAAAUCAGAUAGGAAAUAAUAAUCUUUGAUAUACUUGAGAUAAUUAUUUCCACCUUUUCACUGUCCUAGUGAAUGAUUAAAUUAUUUUUUUCACCUGACUUUAGAUAAUUUAUUCUGGGCUGGAUUUAAAAAUGCAUUGAAAUACCCCAAAUGUCUUGCCAUAAAACAUAUGAAAACACCUUUUCUAUUUUUAUAUACAGACUCAAAUAAAAUUUCAGUGAAUUUUUCAAAUAUCA